UUGAUAAUAGCUUGCCAUUGCAUGAUUGUGAAUAUGUCGCUCAUAAAAAAUUCAACCAUCAAUUGGUCUAUUCUUAUCACCAGGCAGACACUUGAUGAAUGUGAGUAGCCUAGUAGUCAUAGGCUAUAGCCGUUCAAGCCAUGGAGGAAAUGCACACUGUUAACGCCAAAUAAAGGACUCCCGGCACUCCCACGCGCUCACUCUCCCUCUGCUGUUCAUUGGUUCACUCAGCAUCAUCAGCACCAAGGAAGCUGAACAGCGCCAGACGAUGCAUCGCCUUGGGAGAGAAGAGUAGACAAGACAGCAUCCUUAAUGUGUCUAUACGGGGAUUUUAUCAAGCCAUGCAGCAACAAUCCGAUACACUGAUUGUCGGAUUGGAUAUAACUGUUGUCUAUGAUUUCUAGGUUCUUGAACCAUUGUUUUUCACCCGCUGAUUUAUCGAAGCGCGAGUCUGUUGUUCAGCCAAUUCUGCAGAGGAAGCGUUGAAAAAAAAUGGGGGAUCUCUGCAUUGACCGUGUUUUAUCCUUCGUUUUACACUCAUGGUGAGGAAUGCCUGGUGGUCUAGAUUGUCAUCGCUCGGAUCAAGUGCGCCUCGUGAGCCGCAUCAUCAUGCAUCACGACAACCACCCGACUGGGCCAUUGACACGAUGCCUCUGAGUGUGCCGCUCUCCCCCGGCUUGUGACAUGACAGCCCGGGGAAGAAAGAAGAGGAUCAAACGGCACAGACCUGCAAGAGGACGUAUGGAUUUGAAUCAUUUUGAGGGGCUGGAGCCCACGGAAGCCCGGACUGCAAGAGAGGGCAGUGCCACGCAGACACGGAUAGGCUACACCUGCAAUCCGAGGCGUAGAGAGGAUCCAAUACCACCAAUUGCUGUUAUUUAAUUAAUCUGCUCCCCUAUCCUAAGAUUUGACCACCUAUCUGUUUUAUUUUUGUGCAUAAAUGUAAAUGGUACUGAUUGCCUUUUUGGAUGCAUACAAUGCAUUGACUAAUGUGACAUAUUAAGCAUAUUGUUUGUAAGUCGAUAGGACGUGACAGUGUUAUCAUCCUGUCUGUUCCAACUGACUAGAACCCUAACCUCAUCAUGGGCUGCAUACAGAGCAUCGCCUGUAAGUCGCGCAUCAAACGCGAAAACAUAGUGGUCUAUGACGUUUCCGCAACUAUCGAUCACUCCCCAACAAUCAUUGAGGAGAACUCUCCUAUAGUGUUGCGCUACAAGACGGCCUAUUUCAAGGCCUCUGCACGGAUAGUGAUGCCCCCUAUUCCCCGUAAUGAGACUUGGGUGGUGGGUUGGAUCCAGGCAUGCACACAGAUGGAAUUCUACAACACCUACAAUGACAUUGGCAUGUCUAGCUGGGAGCUACCAGAGCUGCGUGAGGGUCUUGUGAGGGCCAUCAGUGACUCAGACGGGGUGAGCUACCCCUGGUACGGCAACACCACCGAGACGGUCACCCUGGCGGGGCCCACCUCCAAGCCCUUGCGCUUCACCGUCAGCAUGAACGAUAACUUCUACCCCAGUGUGACCUGGGCCGUGCCCAUCAGCGACAGCAACCUGCCCCUGCUCACCCGCAUUAAGAGGGACCAGAGCUUCACCACCUGGCUGGUGGCCCUCAACACAGCCACGCGGGAGAAGAUCCUGCUGCAGACGGUCAAGUGGCGCAUGAGGGUGGACAUCCUGGUGGACCCCUCCAUGCCCCUUGGCUCCAGAGCCACCCUGACGGGCCAGACACACCAGGAGCAGCCCCGCAUCCUAACCCACAUGGAGCCCAUCCCCCCCAACGCCCUGGGGAGGCCCAAUGCCAACGACGCCCAGGUGCUGAUGUGGAGGCCCAGGAAGGGCCAACCCAUGGUGGUCAUCCCUCCUAAGUAGCAGAGAGAGGGAAGGGAGGUGUAACUAGGGCCCAGACAUCCUGCCAUGAUGAGAUCAAUAUGGACAGAGACUUGGGGGACAGCUGCCUUAAAUCCCCACCACUGCCUUUGAGUAGGAAAAGAGGACUGCUGCCUGGACCAGGGCCUAAAUACAGACCAGACCCACAGAGGGACCUCUGCCUUAAUAACAUCCUCUGUCCUGGAGAAGCAGAGAGGACUAGUCCUUUGUGAGUGUUUCAGGCCCAGCAGGGCUCAGAGUAGGCUACACUCUAGGGGAGCAGCCUGUAGCCUACUGCACACCAUGCUGCCUCACCGAGAUGAGAGCAGCCAUCUUUAAUCACAGACUGUUCUGGGUCUAUGACAGUGAUGUAGAGGAUUGUGUCUCAAAUGGCACCCCAUUACCCUUUGGCUCUGGUUAAAGGUAAUGCACAAUGUGGAGAAUGGGUGGCCAUUUGAGACUAACCCAGGUGUGAGAGGCCCAGCAGUACAUGUAUGUGGUCUUAUGGGUAUAAUACAGGUGAGAUUGGGGAGUAUAAUGUAUUUUAUAUGUAAGAACAAAGAUUGUAGUACAUUUAAAUGCAGCCUUCAUGCUCAGUACAGUUACAGACAAGGAUGAAUGUGUUACUGGGAGAAGGGGAAAACAGGCUCUCUAUAGCCACCUACAGAUUGGCCAAUGAGAACAGCAGUGUGGGCCAGGCCAGGUAUGAUGUACAGAGAGGAGACAGAGUCUGAGAAUGUAACAAAAUGAACUCCCCGUGCUGCUCAUUACUGAGGUGCAAACCAUACUAGCCUUUACACUGAUACACACACCCUCUGUGACUACACACGCAUGCACACACACACAUCCCCUCUGUGACUACACCCAAGCCAUAAUUCUAUGAGGGACAAGUGGGUUGAAUAGGAUAUUACAAAUCAAUUGUUUAUAUUGAAGGUCAUAUCACAUACUGUGUAUGGUAGACACUGUAUGGUGACAAACGUCCAUUGAGAGCCAGUCAUUCACAGUGACAGAUGUGCCUGAGAACAGAAUGACUCGGACUGGAGGAUGUACAGAACUGUACAUUCAAUCAUAUGUACAGUGGGACAACGUAGGCAGGUAUUCCAAAGGGUUUCAUAAURGAUGGGUGGGAGAUUUAGCAUGCAAGCAUUGUUUUUAAUUCAAUAAAAUGAAGGUAAAACAUG